AUGGCUCCCCCGUCAAUGAAUCUACCGAGCUAUCCGGAUGCAGGCGUUCACACCGUUACCGAUACAUCCGCUGUUGAGUCUCCCAGCGCGCUUACCUGUGCCGGAGUUCCGGCGAGGAGGUUGAAGAGUGGAGCUUUUAAUGGGGGGGUUGCGGCGGCGACUGGUUCGGAGUUUUUUAAAUCUAAGCUGUUGUGGAAACCUUUGGCAAAGAAGUGGGAUCAUCGUCUGAGUCAAGAAAGCAAGUCUCGUAAAGGUUCUAGCUUGAAAGAUGCCGCAAAGUAUCUCGCGAAGCCAGGGCUUAUCUCUCUUGGUGGGGGGCUUCCGUCGAGUGACUACUUCCCGUUCGAGCAUAUUGAGGUUAGAGUUCCCACCGUCGGCCAGUUCUCCGAAGAGGAGACCAGGAUUACUGGGCAGAAUCUCAAGAUUGGCAAACACGAUGUGACGGAGGGGAAGUCCGCCUUCGAUCUUGCGAUUGCGCUUAACUAUGGGCAGGGAACGGGCUCCGCCCAGAUGUUGAGGUUCGUUACGGAGCAUACGGAGAUCGUUCACAACCCGCCGUAUCAGGAUUGGCAAUGUAUUGUCGAUGUGGGGAGUACCUCUGGACUGGAAAUGCUGUAUCGCAUGUUUUGUGAGCGUGGGGACUACGUGAUUUCGGAAGAGUACACUUUUGCUACAGCCGUUGAGACUGCUGCACCGCUAGGCGUCAAGUUCCUUGGUGUUAAGAUUGAUAGUGAAGGGCUUCUACCGGGGGACCUCGACCAACUGCUAGAGAAUUGGGAUGAGAAGGCCCGCGGGGGGCGGAAGCCAUUCGUAUUGUACACCGUCCCGUCAGGCCAGAAUCCCACAGGCUCAACCCAAGGCAGAUCGCGCCGCGAGGAGAUCUACAAAGUCGCUCAAAAGCACGACCUACUUAUCAUCGAAGAUGAGCCCUACUAUUUCCUGCAGAUGCAGCCCUACACGGGCCCCAAUACACCCCCAACCCCGCUCCCAGCAACCCACGAGGAAUUCCUCAAUUCACUUGUCCCCUCGCUCCUAAGAAUGGACAUAGACGGCCGUGUGAUCCGCAUGGACUCCUUCUCGAAGGUAAUAUCCCCAGGAGCCAGGUUUGGUUGGAUAACGGCCACAUCUCAAAUUUGCGAACGCUUCGUCCGUCACUGCGAAGUCUCAACGCAGAAUCCCUCAGGAUUCUCACAGGUCGUUAUCCACCGCCUGCUAGACGAGCACUGGGGCCACACCGGCUACCUAGACUGGCUAAUCUUCAUUCGCAAAGAGUACACCCAACGCCGAGACAUCAUCCUCCAAGCCUGCGAGAAGUACCUGCCCAAGGAGCUCGCAAGCUGGAACCCGCCAGCAGCUGGGAUGUUCCACUGGAUCAAGAUUGCAGUGGAGAAGCAUCCAGAGUUUGGAAAAAGGGAGAUUAUUGAGAUCGAAAAUGAUAUCUUCCAGGCUAGCGUUAACGAAUGCGUCCUUAUGUCCCCGGGCAGCUGGUUCGCUGCGGAAAGGGACGUUAAGCAUACCGGGCUGUUUUUUAGGGCCACUUUUGCGGCUGAGGCGGGACCGGACAUGACCGAGGCGAUUCGUAGGUUCUCAAUUGCACUCAAGAAGGUGUUUAAGUGGGAGGAGGUAUGCAUGUCUAGGCCGCUAUCCCAAAGGGUACCCUUUUUUUUUUUGAAGGGUAAAUACCGUAUUUGUACAUCGACCUUUGUGGUUUCGGCAAAGCCUACAUAGUAGUGCUUAGAGCAAAUCCCUAUGAUAGCCGCACCAACUA